AAAGACUUGCCAGCCCUCUGUGUGGUCAAGUAGUUUGCUGCUCUGUUUGUUGUAAUAAAAUCUUAGCUAAACACAGAAAAACCCAACGCAAAAGGAUUUCAAUUCCCGCACUCGAAAAGUUUUCACAAAAGUUUCGAGAAAAACGCGUUGAGAAAAAACCCAAAAAACCAAACCCAAACGUGCUGUGUGAAUUGAAGUAGUUCUUCGGUUUAGCUAAAUUCUAGACGCAAACAGUUCGCAGUUCCAGGAGCGUUUCGCCAGGCAAUUAAGCAGUGAAAGUGUACAAAAUUUCGAGUGCUUAUUGCAACAUAUAACUGAAAAAAAAAAAAAAACAAAAAACCAACUAGUAUCCAAAGUGCAAUACUUUGUAUAAAUUUUUGAAAGAAAUUUUCUAAUUUAAAACAAAAAAAAACACAAAACACAUAAGCAAAAUGAUGGCCGUUGCAGCUGCUCAAAAGAAUCGCGAAAUGUUCGCCAUUAAGAAAUCCUACAGUAUUGAGAAUGGGUAUCCAUCCCGUCGCCGCAGCCUCGUGGAUGAUGCACGCUUCGAGAGCCUGGUGGUCAAGCAGAACAAACAAACCGUGCUCGAGGAGGCGCGCAGCAAGGCAAAUGACGCCUCGCUUGAGGAGUGCAUUCAGCAGGCAAAGGGCGAGCAUGUGCCUGCCGAGCAAAAUGUCGAGCUGCAGGACGCGCAGCCCAGCCUGGAGCUGCCCGCGGAAGAUGAAUAUGCUCCAGUUGAGAGUUUUGAAACUGAGGCAACAAUUGAAAGCCGCGCUGAGCAGCCGCCAGCCGAUGAUGAAGUGCCCACAAAGAACGAUUAUGGCCUCACCGAGGACGAGAUUGUCCUGGCUAAUGCCGCAUCGGAGUCAACCGAGGCGGAGGCAGCCGUCCAGGGUGCCGCAUUGGUGGUGCGCCUUAAGGAGGGCAUCUCCUCGCUGGGCCGCAUACUCAAGGCCAUCGAGACGUUCCACGGCACCGUGCAGCAUGUGGAGUCGCGCCAAUCGCGCGUCGAGGGCGUCGAUCAUGAUGUGCUCAUCAAGCUGGAGAUGACGCGCGGCAAUCUGCUGCAGCUGAUCCGUUCGCUGCGCCAAUCGGGCUCGUUUAGCAGCAUGAAUCUGCUGGCCGAGAACAAUAUUAGCGUGAAGGCGCCUUGGUUCCCCAAGCACGCCUCCGAGCUGGACAAUUGCAAUCAUCUGAUGACCAAAUAUGAGCCCGAUCUGGACAUGAAUCAUCCCGGUUUCGCCGACAAGGUCUACCGUCAGCGCCGCAAGGAGAUUGCCGAAAUCGCGUUCGCCUUCAAAUAUGGCGAUCCAAUUCCCCACAUCAACUACACCGAGGUGGAGGUCAAGACCUGGCGUUCAGUGUUCCGCACUGUGCAGGAUCUGGCACCGAAACACGCUUGCGCCGAAUAUCGUGCCGCCUUCCAGAUGCUACAGGAUGAGCAAAUCUUUGUCGAGCAUCGUCUGCCCCAGCUGCAGGAGAUGUCCGAUUUUCUGCGCAAAAACACGGGUUUCUCGCUGCGCCCAGCCGCCGGCCUGUUGACCGCACGCGACUUCCUCGCCUCGCUGGCCUUCCGCAUCUUCCAGAGCACACAGUAUGUGCGUCACGUCAACUCGCCCUACCACACGCCCGAGCCCGAUACCAUCCACGAGCUGUUGGGUCAUAUGCCUUUGUUGGCCGAUCCAAGCUUCGCCCAGUUCUCCCAGGAGAUUGGACUGGCCUCGCUGGGCGCCUCCGAUGAAGAAAUCGAAAAGCUCUCCACGGUCUACUGGUUCACUGUUGAGUUCGGUCUCUGCAAGGAACACGGUCAGGUCAAGGCCUACGGAGCUGGUCUGCUGAGCGCCUAUGGCGAGCUGUUGCAUGCCAUUAGCGACAAGUGCGAGCAUCGCGCCUUUGAGCCGGCUGCCACCGCGGUGCAGCCGUAUCAGGAUCAGGAAUAUCAGCCCAUCUACUAUGUGGCCGAGAGUUUUGAGGAUGCCAAGGAUAAGUUCCGUCGCUGGGUGAGCACCAUGUCGCGCCCGUUCGAGGUGCGUUUCAAUCCACAUACCGAGCGUGUCGAGAUCUUGGAUUCGGUGGACAAGCUGGACACAUUGGUGCAUCAAAUGAAUACAGAGAUUCUGCACUUGACCAAUGCCAUUCAAAAGCUGCGGCGUCCAUUCUAGAGUAAACGCAACGUAAAUACUCUGCCCAUUACACACCAUCACCUACCCCUACCACCCUACCACCCUACCACCACCCUACCCUAAGCA